AUGGAUAUGUUGGACGGCCAUACUUCAGAGCUCAUCGGCCUCUCUCGAUACGACACCCACGGAUUCCUCAGUCCUGGCGGCUAUACCCUAAGAAGACACAAGGCCGAGACACUCGCCAACGCCGGCUGUUAUGAGGCGCGACAGGACUGGAUCCAGUAUAUUGGGGCGGCCGCGGAGGAGUUUGGCAACUGUAACCCCGUCAACGGGAACUUCACUGCCGUAGUCCUGCCCUUGGCUAAGCCUGAGCGGUUGCGGCUGGUGGCGUAUAUACUCGAGUAUGCGUUUUUGCAUGAUAAUAUUGUUGAGGUUGCGAAGGAUAAUGCUUCGUCAUCGAAAGACAACGACGCCUUCAGCCUAGGCGACAUGGAAACCUCCCACCAAAACGCCAAACUCGGCCGAAAACAGAUCCAAGCAAAGAUGAUACUCCAGCUCACCCAGACUGACCCCGUCUGCGCCAAGCGCGUCAUGGGCGUCUGGCAACAGAUGCUGGAAACCACCAUCAAAGAUAAAUCCAAGUCGUUUGCUAAUCUCGAGGAAUAUCUCGAGUUUCGAAUCAUUGAUACCGGCGCACCAUUCGUCGAAUCAGUCAUGCUCUUCGGCCUAGGCGAAACCCUAACAAAAGAAGAAGACUCCCUCCUCGCCCCCAUCAUCCGUCCUUGCUAUGCCUCGCUAGCUCUCGCAAACGAUUACUUUUCUUUCCACCGUGAAUGGGCCGAAUACCAGUCCGCCCAAUCCUCUUCCUCUUCCUCCCCUGACGCCCCCAGCGCAGCACCAGCAGCACCCAUAAACCUCGUCUACCUCUACACACAAUGGCAAUCCGUCGACAUCCCCACCGCCAAGCGACUCGUUCGCGAGGCCGCUAACCGUUUUGAAGCGGAUUUCUUGCGCAAAUGUGAAGACUUCAAGAAGAGUGGACAGUCUAAUGACAAGUUGGAUCGCUACCUGAGAGGACUGCAGUACCAAGUCAGCGGCAACGUGGUCUGGAGUCUGAACUGUCCUAGGUAUCAUCCCGAGUGGAGGUAUGAUCCCAAUAAGGGCUUGGAGGAUGCGUUGACGGCUGAGAGGAGGAAUCCGCCUUUUGUUGAACAGGUUGAGGAUGUUGACGCCUCCGUUUCGGACAAGGAGGCGGCGACGAAAAGAAUGUCGAUUGCAUCAGGGGGAUCGAGGGAGAAUGAUUCAGAUGUCUCGACUACUUCUUCUUCGUGGGACGACAGGGCGGCCAGCAGGUCGUCAAGUUUUUCGGCUAUGUUGGAUGAUGACGAGAGUGGUAUGAGGGAGUUCAAGGAGGCGCAGAGGGAGUUAUCGUUGGACUCAUUGCUCCCGAGUGAGGAAAAGUUGGGCAUGGAGAUCGUUAAUGCACCUUUUGAGUACACGAGGUUGAUGCCGUCGAAGAAUGUCAGGGGGACGUUCAUUGAUGCGCUGAACUUAUGGGCAGGUUUGUCGGAGGAGGUGUUGGGGCAGAUUAAGGAGGUUGUUGACGACCUUCAUACUGCGUCGUUGAUGUUCGACGACGUCGAAGAUGGUUCCGAGCUCAGACGUGGUAACCCAGCAGCACACGCCGUGUACGGCAUUCCCCAGACCAUCAACUCUGCCAGCCUGGCAAUUCUCGAGGCCGUACAAAAGGCGAAGGACUUGCCCAUCCCUGGCGCUGUUGACAUUGCCUUGGAGCAACUCCGCGAUCUCCAUGUCGGCCAAAGUUACGACCUCUACUGGACGAGACACAUGACCUGUCCUUCAGAGAGCGAGUACCUGGAAAUGGUAGCAAAGAAAACCGGCGGUCUCUUCCUCCUCCUCUCUCGCCUAAUGAGCGAGCACAUGCCGAAGGAAGUCCGCUCCCUCGUCAAUGAUCUCGUCACUCAAGUAGGCAUCUACUUUCAAAUCCGCGACGAUUAUCAGAAUCUCAGUUCUGAUGAGUACACCGCCCAAAAAGGCUUCUGCGAAGACCUCGACGAAGGCAAGCUCUCCUUCCCACUCGUGCACUACCUCAACACAGAGCGAGGUUCCUCCAACUCGCAACAAGUCCGCGAGGUGCUCCAAGAGCGACAACUGCGGGGUUCGUUGAGUAUGCCGCUAAAGCUGCUCACGCUGCAGCGGCUGAAGAGCUCGAAUAGCUUGGAGUAUACGAGAGACAGUCUAAUGCGGCUGGAAAGGGGCGUGGAUGGCACGAUUGAAGAGCUGGAGAGGUCGACGGGGAAGAAGAAUUGGGUUUUGAGGAUGUGUAUGGCUAAGUUGAGUGUUUAA